UUCUCAGCUAGCGCCUGACACCAAGGCGGAACGCUAACUCCACCCGCUGUUUGUCAGAGAGUUGAUAGAAUCCGUCGCUUCUUCUUGUAACCGCCACAGCCUCGCUAAGCUAAACUAGCUUCUCGUGUAGCUCACGUUUCAAGCAGCGCGUCCCGGGUGUGUUUGACAUGGCGGAGGGUCCGUCCAACCUCCCCCCGGGAGACCCGCAGCUCAUCGCCAUGAUCGUGGAGCACCUGAAGAACCGGGGGCUGUUCGACGAGUUCCGCCGGGACUGUCUGGCCGACGUCGAUACGAAGCCUGCCUAUCAGAACCUGCGACAAAAAGUGGACAACUUUGUCACGUCGCACCUGAGCACGCAAGACUGGAACCCAACCAACAACAAGAACCAGAUGAGGAAUGGACUGAGGCAAAGUGUUGUUCAAUCGGGUAUGUUGGAGUCCGGUGUUGACAGGAUCAUCACGCAGGUUGUGGACCCCAAAAUGAACCACACUUUCCGACCACACAUAGAAACAGCCAUCCAUGAUUUCCUGUCAGGGGACAGGAAGGAGGAGAACACCUCAAGUUCUAACUCUGCACCGUGUGAACCGACAGAACCGCAGGAGGCCCCGUCUGCAUCGGGCCCCAAAACCCCCACACACAGAACUAAACACAUGCAGACUCAGCUGGUCUCAGACAUGCCGGUGAACCUGGUCCGGGUGUUUCUCCUGCUGCUGCUGGUCUGUCAACAGCUGCUGACCGUGGACCCGCAGGAUGUCCUGGAGAAACAUGCGAGUCAGGCCAAAAGACGACUGUCCCUGCAGAGCACAGCGGAGAUCCAGAGUUGCCUGGUGAGCUCAGGGGACGUCGGCUGUGGGACCUUUCAGUGUUUCAACAACAACUCCUGUGAAAUCCAAGGGCUGCACCACAUCUGUCUCACCCUGCUGCACAACGCCGGGCGCUACGACUCACAGGGUAAGUCCUUUGUGAAGGAUGCGUUGCGGUGCAUGGCGCUGGGACUGCGGCAGCGCUUCAGCUGUGUGAGCCGCCGGUGCUCAGCGGUGAAAGAGAUGGUGUUCUCACUGCAGAGAGAGUGCUACUCCAAACACCAGCUUUGUCUGGCUCUGAGGGACCACAUGGACACCACGGGGAGCCUGGUCCAGUUCCACCUGAUGUUUCCUCCAGGGCCGUACGUGGAGCUGGUGAACUUCCUGUUGAAGUGUGGUGACGAGGUCCGGUCGUGGGUCAGUCGGCGGCUGCGCGGGCAGUGCGAGCAGCACUGGGGUUCGCUGUGCAGAAGCUUCGGAGGCACCUGCUCUUUCAACCAAUCGGACGCUCUCCAGAACACCACCGCUCCGCCACCCACCGUGCCUAGGCCUAUCACUGCUCAGGGACCCCUGCAGCAGCCAAUCAGGGCGGCCGAACCAGAAGACAGGAGGAGGGGGCUCAAUGUGAUCGACAACGCGACUGAAUCUGUUUUCCCAGUGUCUGAGAAAACCAAUGUCACUGCCUCAUAGAGCAUCAGGUUAACCACGCAGCUGUGCAGGCAGCUGUGCAGGCAGAUGUGCAGGCAGAUGUGCAGACAGGGUACACACAGAUACAAAGAUCAUGCACUUAUUACUAUUAUAUUAGCAGUAGAAUGAGUAAACGUAGUGGUAGUUGUAUUCAAGUAUUCUGUGUAGUUUUGCUGGUGAAAGCAACGCAACAUAACUUAUUUAAUCUGUUGGGUAUUUUGCUUUUAAUAUUUUUCUUGACGUUUGAAAACCAAUGAUCUACCUCACUUCAACAUAACAGUAAACCCCAGCGGCUGUAUCCUGCAGCGACGGACACAAGUAAACACGACAGGGAGUUUGUUUCUAGCUCAAGUGCAGCUGAAAGUCAGUAUUCUACCUAUUUAAGUCUGUGUUUUAUUUUUAUUUAUGUGCAUUGUUAUUUUAUGCAGCGCAAACACAAUCAAACUUUCUCUUGUAGACAAUCAGGGUGUCGUCUGCAGGAAGGGAAGCACUCUUCGGGUAUGGCGUGUAGUAAAUAUGUAUUUUUUUUUCUUGUUCUACUCGAACAAUCACAAAUUUCAUACAGACCCCAGGUUUCAAGCUAUGUUUUGUAAGUUUUUAUUUAAAUGAAUCUAAAAAACACAUUUGUAAGCAGUUUUGAUUGAAAUUAAACAAGCUACAAUAUCGUCA